AUGUAUAUUUACGUCCCGUUCGUAUUAUUAAUCACCACGGUGUUUGCCACCAUAAAUGGAGGUAGUGGUGGUAAUGGAGGCAACUUCAUGUCCCCCAUCAACCAAUUCUCCCCGUUCGACUCACAGGACUUCUGUUCACAAAUCAUCACCCCUACGUGCAACACCACGUUCUCCUACAUCGAUUCGUUGAACGCCAACAUUAGACCUCAUAUUCAAAAAUUGGUGUCAACUCCAUAUUUCCGUCAUUUUAAACUUAAUUUUGAAAAACAAUGUCAAUUUUGGAAUGCUCAACAUUUUUGUGCGACUAGAAAUUGUGCAGUUGAAGUUUUACCAUCAGAUCAAUACAAUUGGCUGAAUCUUUCAAAUUUUGAAUCUUUAAAUCCUUCAAAAUUGGGAGAAAUUGAAUUCCAGGAAGAUGCGGAUGCUGGCACCUGUGAAGAUUUAGACUAUUGUCACAUUGAUGAUGAUCAUCAAUGUGUCUAUGUAGAUCUCUUGGAAAACCCUGAAAGAUUCACUGGUUAUGGAGGUACUCAAUCCUUUGAUGUUUGGAAGGCUAUUUAUUCUGAAAAUUGUUUCCCAAAUACAAAUCCAAUGUCUAUGAAAUCUUCAGAUGAACCAGAACAAUGUGUGGAAAAAAAUCUUUUUUAUAGAUUAAUUUCUGGAUUACAUGCCUCUAUUGCCGUUCAUUUAUCUAAUGAAUAUCUUUCUCCUGAUUCUGAAGUAUUUGAACCAAAUUUAAAGGUUUUCAUGGAAAGAGUUGGUGCUUAUAAUGAAAGAUUAUCCAAUAUUUAUUUCAAUUAUGCCCUUAUUAGUCAGCUGAUAAUCAAGUUAUCUGAGAUUUUCAGUGGUGCCUUGGCUGAUCAUAUUACCUGUGGAGAUGAUGAAAUUCUUGACAAAUCAAGUUCUCAACAAAAAUUGUUAGGUAAUGAUGAACCAGAUUAUAAAGAAGUGUUUGGAUCCAUCAUUCCAACUCUUUCUUCUCAUACCCUUUUCAAUACCUCUACUCUUUUCGAUCCAAAAGUUGUUUCACCAGAGUUGAAAAAUGAAUUUAGAGCUCGUUUCAAAAACGUUUCUGCCAUUAUGGAUUGUGUUGGAUGUGAUAGAUGUCGUAUGUGGGGGAAAUUACAAACUAUUGGUUAUGGAACUGCAUUGAAAAUCUUAUUUGAAACUGAUAACAAACCAGUCAAAUUCAAAAGAAUUGAACUCGUGGCCCUUUUCAACACUUUUGAUCGUAUUUCCAAGUCUGUAGAGGCCAUCAAUGGGUUCAAAGAGUUGUAUACAAAGCAUUUAGAAGAUGUGAAGUUGGGAUUGGCUCAACCAGGAGAUUAUGAAACUCUCAAGCAAAAGGAAGGAUUCAACUUCCCAUUUAAGGCACCAAAGAAGGAAUUUCAACCAGAAAUUCCAAAGGAAACUACAGAAAAGGCCAAGAAGGACACAUCGUCUAAAAAGGAAGAAUCCAAAUCAACUAUAGAAAAUCUUCGUAAAAAGCCAAAUAGAACAUUUUCAGAAGAAUUUCAAGUUGCAUUUGAUGACGUUCUUGAUGCAUUUUACUUUGUGAUUGGAAGUUAUAGAUCGUUCCCAAUCACAUGUUUCAACAUUGCCAUGGUCAAAUUAAACCAUUAUUGGAACAAGUUUGUUGGUAUUAAGGGGACUACCUUCUACGAACAAAUCAUGUUGGAGCAACAGAAAGAAAGCCAAGACAACGAUGCAUACGAAAAGUUAUUUGUCAAUUGA